AUGGCACUCUUGACCGUCCAUCAAUUGGCUUUCAUUUCCGGCCUCUUAGGUAACGUUGUGUCCUUCCUGGUGUUCUUGGCCCCCGUGCCUACAUUUUAUAAAAUCUACAAGAAAAAAACAUCAGAAGGGUACCAGUCAAUACCCUAUUCGGUGGCACUCUUCAGUGCAGUGUUGCUCUUGUACUACGCCAUCGUCAAGACCAAUGCAUUUUUUAUCGUUAGCAUCAACGGCAUCGGAACCGUCAUAGAGACAAUCUACCUUGUAAUCUACUUCGUAUACGCACCCAAGAAGGAGAAGCUUUUCACGAUGAGGUUGGUUCUGCUGUUUAACGUGGGGUGCAUGAGCUUCGUGGUGCUAUUCACUUUGCUAUUCGUUAAGGGCCCAAACAAAGUUACCGUGGUGGGAUCGAUUUGUGCCGCUGUCAACCUUGCUGUUUUUGCUUCCCCUCUUUGCGUCAUGGGGCAAGUGAUAAGAACCAAGAGCGUAGAGUUCCUGCCGGUCACUCUUUCAUUUUUCCUCACGCUCUGCGCCACAUCCUGGUUCUUCUACGGCUUCUUCGUCAAAGAUUUCUACAUCGCUAUUCCGAACGUGGUGGGUUUCCUGCUUGGGAUCGCACAAAUCAUACUGUACUUCAUCUACAAGGACGCGAAGAAGGACAAGAAGAUCGCCGGGGAGAAGGCCAUGCAUGCUGCGACUGAUCAGAAGCGAGGAGAGGUGGAGAUGGAACCCAUUGUUUGA